AUUUUAGGAUCAAGAUGAUGUCUACGUCAGCGAGUUCAAAGUUGAGCAAAUCUAUUAAGCAGCAGUACAUGGAUCUCCCUCAGGGGGAGAAGGUUCAAGCCAUGUAUAUAUGGAUAGAUGGGACAGGAGAGGGACUGAGAUGCAAGACCAGAACUUUGGAUCGUGAGCCCAAGACAAUAGAGGAUCUCCCCGAGUGGAACUUUGACGGCUCAAGCACGUACCAGUCAGAGGGAUCCAACAGUGACAUGUUUCUAAUCCCUGCAGCCAUGUUCAGGGACCCGUUCAGAAGAGAUCCCAACAAGCUGGUGCUCUGUGAAGUCCUGAAAUACAAUCGUAAACCAGCAGAGACAAACCUGCGGUACAGCUGCAAACAGAUCAUGAGCAUGGUGGAGGACCACCACCCAUGGUUUGGAAUGGAGCAGGAGUACACUAUCUUGGGCACAGAUGGACAUCCCUUUGGAUGGCCCUCCAAUGGCUUCCCAGGUCCACAAGGGCCUUAUUACUGUGGAGUGGGAGCAGAUAAGGCAUACGGACGAGAUAUAGCGGAGGCACACUAUCGAGCCUGUCUGUACGCUGGGGUUCAUGUCGGUGGAUCAAAUGCUGAAGUCAUGCCUGCACAGUGGGAGUUCCAGGUCGGACCAUGUGAAGGUAUCAACAUGGGCGACCAUCUGUGGAUCGCUCGCUUCAUCCUUCACAGAGUUUGUGAGGACUUUGGCGUCAUUGUGUCAUUCGAUCCUAAACCGAUCUCAGGGAAUUGGAAUGGUGCCGGCUGCCACACCAACUUUAGCACAAAAAUGAUGCGUGAGGAAGACGGACUAAAAGUCAUUGAGGACUCAAUCGAGAGGCUGGGAAAGAGACACAUGUAUCACAUCCGGGCCUAUGACCCAAAAGGUGGGCUCGACAAUGCCAGACGUCUCACCGGUCAUCACGAAACCUCAAACAUCAGCGAGUUCUCUGCUGGCGUGGCCAACCGUGGUGCUAGCAUCCGUAUCCCUCGCUUAGUGGGUCAAGAGAAGAAAGGCUACUUUGAGGACCGCCGUCCAUCUGCCAACUGUGACCCUUAUGCUGUCACGCAGGCGCUGGUGCGCACGUGUUUGCUCAAGGAAGACGGAGACGAGCCAACCGAUUACAGCAAAUGACCCGUCAAGUGCCAUUAUUUGUGUUGUACCUAGUCUUGUGUAUAUAUUUUUGAGAUCAAACAGAAAUAUUUUUAUUCUUGAAUUUCCCCUAACAGAUGAAAUAAUGAAUUAGCAGUUCUUAUAUUUUUGAUAAUUCAAUUGUGUUGAACUAAUUAAGCAAACAUUGCCUUCUGUCAAUUCUGGACUUUGUUACAUUCACAAGUGAUCCUUUGUGCAGACGCAACUUGUACACAACUUGGUGUUUAGGUUGUGUUAACAGUAUUGGUCAAAGUGCAUCAGCCUCUUGUAGCCUUUGCAGCACUCCCCCAAAGGCAUCUGAAUGUUUUAUCAGCCUUUUCCACUGUGAUGCCACACUGUGUUUAGAUAAGUUUGUGUAAGCUAGCUAACUUUUGUAUUUUUUUAAAACAAUGCAUUUAUUUGUUUUUUUUCUAUUUGCAAUUAACUUUAUAAUAAAUUGCUAACCUUUAAGCAUGUGUGUGUCACAUGCAGACUGUCA